AUGGGUAAUUUACCAGAACAACGAUUAACGCAUAAGCAUCCUUUUGAUGUAGUUGGAGUGGAUUAUGCAGGUCCCUUCCAAAUAAAAGACCGAAUGGGCCGUGGUGCUAAGUUGUUAAAAUCAUAUGUUGCUCUUAAGAGCUUGUUUCUUGGCCAAAGCGGUGCAUAUAGAACUAACAACGGUAGUAACUUUUUAGGUGCACACAUAGAGUUGGGUCGUUUCAUUCGUGAUAAAUUGGAUGAUAAAAGCAAUAAAUUGAAUAAUGAAGAGGUGGACUGGCAUUUUAUACCAUCUCACUCGCCUCAUUUUGGGGGCAUGAGGGAGGCGGGCGUAAAAACGAUGAAAGGUCAUUUAAACAGGGUUGUCAGUAACACUCCGCUUACGUUUGAGCAAUUUUAUACUUUGCUUUCGGAGGUUGGAGCUAUAAUGAAUUGUCGUUCCUUGUCUGCCCUUUCCUCUAGCCCAAAAGACUUCACUCCAUUGACACCAGCACACUUUCUAAUUGGUCGUCAAAUAAGCCCUAUCGCCAGUUUAGAUAUACGAAGUUUACCAGUUAAUCGUUUAUCUCUGUAUCAACAUCUACAACAAAUGAAACAGCAUAUAUGGGCCCGUUGGAGUAAGGAGUACAUAUCCGAGCUUCAGCAAAGAAACAAGUGGAAGCAGAACUGUCACAACUGGAAAGUGGGUGAAAUAGUGCUCAUUAAAGACGACAAUAAGCCCCCCAUGAAAUGGAAGAUGGGUAAAGUGCUGGAAAUGUUUGUGGGAAAGGACAAUGUGGCCCGAGUGGCUUUACUAAAAACUGAGAUGGGCAAUUUAAAAAGGUCAUUUUCAAAAAUCUGCCCUUUGCCUAUAAACCGUUAA